AGCUUAAAAUCCUUGUCUAGAUUAUAUCAAACGCCAAUACUCUGUUUCCUUUUCCGGUCGGAUCCAGCAUUUCAAUAUGGACAAAAAACAGGGUUUUUUCUCGGCGCUGAAGGAUGAAGUUGUAAGAGGCCUAUCGCCGGGAAGGUCCCGUGGCCGGAGUCCUUCCCGGAGUGUCUCACCCGGAUCCGGUCUUCUCCGGAGGAGGAGAGGCGGCGGCCACCACGCGCCGCCUCCUGACAUUUUGAUUUCAAGAUCGGGUAUUUUGAGGCAGCCUGAGACACUGUCUCCAUUGAUGGAAGGCCCGGAUCCAGACGGAAUCGAUGGUGUAGAUUCCAAGAUGGAAAAGUUAGGAUUUUGGAUGAAGGGUCAGCUUUGUAGAGCUCCUUCUGGGUCUUCUUCUUCUUCUUCUUAUGAGAGAUCUGAUCUGAGAUUACUUCUUGGCGUUCUGGGUGCGCCGUUGGCUCCGGUGCAUGUUAGCAACAAUGAUCCAUUACCUCAUCUUAGUAUCAAAGACACUCCGAUUGAAACAUCUUCUGCCCAAUACAUAUUGCAACAGUAUACAGCUGCUUGUGGUGGACAAAAGCUUCAAAACACUGUGGUUAAUGCUUAUGCAAUGGGGAAGGUUAAGAUGUUAGCAUUUGAUAUUGAGACACCAACUAAGGUCAUUAAAAACAAGAACUCAUCUAAGACAGCAGAAUCAGGUGGAUUUGUGCUUUGGCAGAUGAAUCCAGAUAUGUGGUAUGUUGAACUUGCUCUUGGUGGAAGUAAGGUUCAUGCUGGCUGUAAUGGGAAGCUUGUUUGGAGGCAUACACCAUGGCUUGGUGCUCAUGCUGCCAAGGGACCUGUUAGACCUUUACGCAGAGCACUUCAGGGUUUGGAUCCUAAAACGACAGCAAGCAUGUUUGCGAACGCUAGAUGCAUUGGAGAGAAGAAAAUAAACGACGAGGAUUGCUUUAUUUUGAAGCUUUGCGCAGAUCCUCAAACUCUAAAGGCCAGGAGCGAAGGUCCAGCCGAGAUCAUAAGACAUGUUUUAUUCGGCUAUUUCAGCCAGAAAACCGGGCUUCUAGUCCAUUUAGAAGACUCACAUUUAACACGCAUCCAAACCAAUGGUGGGGAUGCUGUUUACUGGGAAACGACAAUAAACUCAUUCAUAGAAGAUUAUAGACCAGUUGAAGGUAUCAUGAUUGCCCACUCGGGUCGUUCAGUGGUGACCCUUUUCAGAUUCGGUGAAACUGCAAUGAGCCAUACGAAAACCAGAAUGGAAGAGGCUUGGACAAUUGAAGAAGUGGCAUUUAAUGUUCCUGGUUUGUCGAAUGAUUGUUUUAUUCCUCCUGCUGAAGUGCGAUUAGGUUCCAUUAGUGAAGCUUGCGAGCUUCCUCGAGGAGAAAGGGUAAGAAUUCCCGCGGGUUAUAGAGCUAGAGUUGCUGAUAGAAAUGUCAAUGGGGUCGUUUUGAAAAUGGAUAUUUAACUCAACUGACAAAUGUGUAGUGAUUUGCGAUAGACUUGGAAUUAAUAGUAGCAUUUUGGGUUAGACAGGCUUCAACCGUGUACAUAGAAAGAAUGUUGCGAAUCGGCUUCUUGGAUGGAUCAAUAAUCAUAAAUUUCAUCAUACUAUGAUUAGAAGUUUCAUUAUAUAUGUAGAAAAUAUUUCAAUGUGUAAAAUGUCAUUAUACUAUGUUGUUGUUACAUGCUGUGGAACAUAGAGACUUCAUUCUUGUGCCAAAUGUUCUUCAUUAUUAUAAGAUAUACCCCCAUUAAACUU